UCUCAGACUCAAACAUGGCGGUACCCAUAGCCAACAGCCUGGCAGCUUAUGCCCAUUUAUUAAUAAUUUCUUUAAUAUUUCCGCACGUUUUCGCUGACAGCGCUACCGGGGACCUGCCGCACCGCCGCUUUGAGUAUAAAUACAGUUUCAAAGGGCCACAUCUGACACAGAGUGAUGGAAGAAUCCCAUUCUGGAUUCAUACUGGCAAUGCUAUUCCCAGUUCAGAUCAGGUCCGAAUCACACCCUCGCUCCGGAGCCAGAAGGGUUCAGUAUGGACAAAGUCCCCUGUGAGUUUUGAACAUUGGGAAGCUGAAGUGGCAUUUCGUGUUUCCGGACGAGGACGAAUGGGAGCAGAUGGAUUGGCCAUAUGGUUCACGUCUGGUCAAGGUCUGGAGGGUCCUGUGUAUGGGGCUGCUGAUCAGUGGAACGGCGUGGGAAUAUUCUUUGACUCUUUUGAUAAUGAUGGAAAGAAAAACAACCCUGCUGUCCUGGUGGUGGGCAACAAUGGGAAACUUGUUUUUGACCAUCAAAAUGAUGGCACGACCCAGGCACUAGGUACAUGUCUUAGAGACUUCAGAAACAAACCUUACCCUAUACGCACCAAAAUCACUUAUUACAAGCAGACUUUAUCGGUUUUCAUUAAUAACGGCUUCACUCCUGACAAAGAUGAUUAUGAGUUCUGUACCAAGGUUGAGAACAUGAUCAUUCCUGGAACUGGUUAUUUUGGCAUCUCUGCAGCCACUGGAGGACUUGCAGAUGACCAUGACGUUCUGUCGUUUUUGCUGUUCAGGCUUACGGAACCUGGGCAGAAUCUGCCUCCCCCAGAAAAAGAGAUUCCCAAAGAGGAGAAGGACAAGUACCAGGAGGAAUUUGAGAAUUUCCAACAAGCGCUGGACAAAAGGAAAGAGGAGUUUCAGAAAGAGCACCCUGAUGUCCAGGGGCAGCCCAUUGAGGACCUGUAUGAAAGCGUUAACGAUCGGGAAAUCCGUCAGGUGUUUGAGGGUCAGAAUCGAAUCCACCUGGAGAUCAAGCAGUUAAACAGGCAGCUGGCGAUGAUUCUGGAUGAACAGCGGCGUUAUGUGUCCGUCAUCACAGACGAGAUCAACAAACGCACCUCACAAGCACAGUCUGGACAGGCUCCCAGUCAUGAACUGGAGACAAUAAUUACCACACAACAUGAGGUUUUGAAGAACAUUAAUGAAGUAAGGAACUCCCUGUCAGGCUCUCUGAAGCAGCUGGCGAUGGGUCAGCAUCAGGGGAAUGCAGGAGGAUUGGGCUCAUAUGAAACCGUCCAGCACUUCAAUGACAUCAAGGAGCAUCUGCACGUCGUCAAAAGGAACAUCGAGCACAUCGUUCAGAAAAACGCUAACCCUGCAGAGAAGCUGAAGUGUCCUGAACUUCCUCCAUUACCAACCUGUCUCUCGACCACACACUUCCUCAUCUUCAUCGUCAUCCAGUCCCUCCUCUUCUUUGGCUACAUCAUGUACAAGAGUCAGCAAGAAGCAGCGGCGAAGAAGUUUUUUUGAUGAUUCGUAGUUCUUGGUAAAAGCAGCACAUCAUGUAAAUUGUCCACUUUUGUUAAUUUCCCGUUUGUUUGUUUUCUGUUGGCAAACUGUAAAUUUAUUCUACUUGAAGUAUUUAGUUAGCAAUUUUUUUGUUUUAAUUCUGGAUUUUUAAUUUGAUCAGAGUUGUACAGUAUUUGAAUGACUGCUCUUUUCCUGAGUGCGUGUGGUAUUUUCAGCAGAAGAUUCCUGAAUAUGAUGUAAUAUAUUCUUUAGAGGUCAGACAUUAUAUUUGCUGUUCAAUGCUGGUCCAGGAGUCAUUUCAAGAACUCGAUUUAGUGUCGAGGCAACGUUCUCAACUGUGGCAAAACCAACUACAAAUCGAUCAAGUGUUUUAGCACAUUCUCUUUUGGUAUUACCUUUACAAUAAGGCAGUUUUCCCCUACAAAAGUGUUAAAGCUUUAUUGUAUUUGGCAAAAGCAAGAACCCAGAGGGUGUGAAUGUGUUUUGAAUCUCUAAAAAAAAAUACAAAGAUGUUUUUCUGCGCAAAUAAUUUACAUAAAACACCAAUGAAAUGA